CAGCAGACGGGCGCGACCGGUUCGAGUCCACGCCACCGGACGACAUGGCGCGCGUCCAGUUCUCCUUCGGGCCCGACGCUAUCGCCGCGCUGCGUGGUCGGCUGGCGCUGGGAGCUGCAUCGGCGUCCCAGUUGGACCUGGUGGUGGCCUGUGUGUGGAGAAGCCGCACGGCGGCGCUCGGUUACGAGCCCGGGGACGAGGUGCGGCUGAUGAUGGCCGUGAACGCGCGCGGCCGGCGCACGGACGCGUUCGGCGGCGAAAUACCCUCCGGCUACUACGGCAACGCGUUCGUCUUCGUGGUGGCGCGCUGCGCCGCCGGGGAGCUGUGCGGCCGUGGCCUGGGCUACGCGGUGGAGCUGAUCAGGGAGGCCAAGGCGAGGGUGACGUACGAGUACAUGCGGUCGGUGGCUGACCUGAUGGUGCUGGAGGGCCGUCCCGUGAUCGCGAGGACGCGCUCCUUCGGCGUGUCGGACGUGAGCCAUGCCGGAUUCGACGAGGCCGAGUUCGGGUGGGGAAAGCCCGUCUACGCCGGCGUCAUCGCGGACGCCCACCGCGGCGGCGCCAGCUUCCUGAUGCGGGGCAAGAACGACGGGGGAGAGGACGAGACGUUCGUCGGCAUCUACCUCCCGGGAGGCUGCACGGCAAGGUAUCGGAUGGAGGUGGAGGCACUCACCACCGCAAAGAAUUUGGAAGAAGCGUCUUCAGCUCCGCUUGCCUUGCGUGCCCGCUACUAAUUUAAUCGAGGUGAACGCCGGCCAUCACACACAGCAGAUUCCAGCUCUCUCCGCACCGGCAAGAUAUGUUUUCGGUGCAUGCGAACAACACCAUGGAUUUUCAUUUUUUUCGAGUGCGCCAACGGCGUACCAUAGCUUAUGGAUUUUUCAUAUUCACCAACUUAACUGAUGGAUAAUGCUAACAGGUACUUACACGGAAUUACAUCAUGAGGCUGA